AAAAAAAAACCGGCCUCCUCCCCUCUGCAGUCCAGACCGGCCCGGCCUCCAUCUCCCUUGCAGCAGAUCUGCUUCAUGCUCAGAUCUGCUUCUUGGAAGUCGGUCACUUUUUUUUGUUGUUGCAACAAACAGAUCUAUCCUUCAUAAUGUGGAGGUUCAAGCCUUUUAUGCACAAGGAGCCAGCUGGCCUCGAAGGCCGCUCCAUUGACGUCGGAACUCUCAAGAUUCAGGUGAAGAAUGUCAUUGCCGAAGGAGGGUUCUCUUGCGUUUACUUAGCUCGGGACCUUGUCCAUACCUGAAAGCAGUAUGCUUUGAAGCACAUCAUAUGUAAUGAUGAAGAGUUGCUGGAGUUGGUGAUGAAGGAAAUCUCCGUCAUGAAGUUACUCAGAGGGCAUCCCAAUGUUGUCACUCUCUAUGCCCACGCCAUCAUGGAUUUGGGCCGCACAAAGGAGGCACUCCUUGUCAUGGAAUAUUGUGACAAGUCUCUGGUUACCGUACUCGAUAGCAGAGGAGCUGGCUUUUUUGAUGAGAAACAGGUCCUUGCAAUCUUCAGAGAUGUGUGUACUGCAGUUUUUGCGAUGCACACACUGUCCCCUCCCAUUGCUCAUAGGGAUUUGAAAGCUGAGAAUCUUCUGUUGGGGCCGGAUGGACUGUGGAAAUUGUGUGAUUUUGGAAGCACCUCUACCAACCACAAGCGCUUUGAGAAGCCUGAAGAAAUGGGUAUUGAAGAAGACAUUAUCAGAAAGCACACAACACCUGCCUACAGGGCCCCUGAGAUGUGGGAUCUAUUUCGGAGAGAACUUAUCAAUGAGAAAGUAGACAUAUGGGCUCUUGGCUGCCUUCUCUUUCGCAUUUGCUACUUCAAAAGUGCAUUCGAUGGAGAGUCAAAGCUGCAGAUCUUGAAUGGAAACUAUCGCAUUCCUGAGUUACCUAACUAUGGCUCGUCGAUUACCGAUCUCAUCAGAGACAUGCUUCAGGCAUCACCAGACGACAGACCAGAUAUCACGCAGGUGUGGUUUCGUGUUAAUGAGCUGUUACCAGUUGGUUUACAGAAGUCUUUACCUGAUAGGCCACCCGAAAUGCACUCUGCUGGAAAACAUGAAGGUUUUUCAAGGCCCGCAAACAAGUCGCCUGAAAUGCCUCGUAGAAGCCCACCCCCACCACCUUCAGUGGGAGAAUCAGCUAGAAAUCCAUCACAAACGUCAAAUAUGUCCAAGGCAGGGGGAGGUGGAGGGCCACUUGGUGCAUUUUGGUCCACUCAGCAUGCUGAGGAUUCAGUUGUUGUUGAAGAAAAGACUGCACCUAAGUUUGAUGAUUCUAAUCAUCCUUUACCCAAGAACAGUGCCCCUGCAAAAGUGGAAAAUACACCAACCUAUGCUGCAUGAAGAAACUCACACGUGAAAUCGCACAAGCAUGAAGAUGGAAUUCCAAAGGACAUUGAAAUAAAUUUCUUCCAGAAGCAUACUGACCAUGGUGCUGAGAGACUCAUCCUCACGUCUUUAUUAUUUUCAA